AUGGCACGGCCGGUUAAGAGGCAAAAUCAAGCAGCACCAGCAGCGGAUGGGAUUAAGGAGGAACACCUUUUGGCUUUCAUUGCGAAGGAGAAAUACAAAGAAGUACAACAAUGCAAAGAAGAACUCGAGAAAUAUUGUGAAGAGUUGAAGAAAAUAGAUGGUGGUUCCGAUGUGAAUAAAAAUGUUAAAGGACUAUGUGAAAAAGGAAAACAAGAGGAAAAAUGCAAAACCCUGAAAGGCGAAGUUGAAAAAGAAUUGAAAGCUCUUGAAGAGGGACUUGAAGAUGCAUCGGUAGAUGACGUAAAAGAUGAAGAAGUUUGUAAAAAAUAUGAAGAAAAAUGUAUACUUUUAGAAGAGACGGGUUAUAAUGAUCUUAAGGAGUACUGUGUCAACUUGAGGGAAGGAUGUUACAAAUUGAAGCGUGAAAAGGUGGCAGAGGAGCUUCUUUUCAGGGCACUCGGAGGGGAUGCUAAAGAUGAUGGUAAAUGUAAAGGAAAGAUGAAUACUGUUUGCCCAAUGUUAAGCCGAGAAAGCGACGAGCUGAUGUCUUUCUGCCUUGAUCCGAGUGGAACGUGUCAAGAGCUGAAAAAAAAAUCAGAAGAAGUUUGCAUGUCUUUACAAACAAAAUUGGAUGAGAAAGAUUUACCGGGAAAAUGUCAUGAAAGACUUGAGAAAUGUCAUUUUUACAAAGAAGCGUGUACUGAAACAAAGUGUGAUGAGGAUAUGAAGCAAUGCGAGGAAAAAGGAUUCACAUAUAAAGCGCCGGAAUCUGAUUCUAGUCCGGUCAAGCCGAAGGCGUCGUUGUUGAGAAGUAUUGGGUUGGAUGAUGUGUAUAAAAGAGCUGAAAAAGAAGGAAUUAUUAUUGGAAAAUCAGGAGUGGAUGUACCAAGAAGGUUUGGUGAAGAUUUUCUGCAAGAUCUCUUACUACUGUUGAGCGAAGAUGUGAAGGAGAAGGAUGCGGGGAAGAAAUGCACCGAAGCGUUAAAAAAAUGCAAAGAUCUUAAGGACUUGGAUCAUAAUUUUAAAGAGUUAUGCGAAGAUGGUGAUAAACAAAAGAAAUGCGAAGAAUUACUAGAUAUAAAUGUAAAUAUAAAAGAAAGAUGUACAAAUCUCAAAUUAAAUCUUUAUCUGAAAGAUUUGUCUACAGAAUAUGAUAAAGAAUCAAAACUUUUAUUCUGGAGAGAGCUUCCAACCUUAUUUACGAAGGGAGAAUGUGCAGAACUUGAGUCGGAAUGUUUUUAUUUAAAAAAGACGUGUCAAGAUAGUAAGAUUGAUGAAGCAUGUCAAAAUGCACGAGCAGCGUGCUAUAAAAAAGGACAAUAUAGGAUGUUGAAUACACACUUUCGAGAGGUGUUGAAGGGGAAGCCUGAUGAUUUAAAAUAUUAUAACAUUCCUGAAAUAUGUAAAAAAUCAGUGGUAGAAAACUGUAAAAAACUUGAUAAAAAAUACCUUCCAAAAUGUCUUUACCCUAAAGAACUAUGUUAUCUUCUUUCAGAUGAUGUUUUUCUUCAAUCCAAAGAGUUAGGUGUGCUUUUGGAUGAUCGAAGAGAUUUUCCAUUUGAAAAGGAUUGUUUUGAGUUGGAGGAGAAGUGUGAUGAACUUGAAACUUAUUCAUUUUCGAAUUCAGAAAAGUGUGUAACAUUGAAAAGGCGCUGUGAAUACUUUGACGUUACAGAGGGAUUUAGAAAUGUACUUUUAAAAAGAAAAGAUCAUUCAUUAUAUAAUGAGCAAAAUUGUACGGAGGUGUUGCAAGAAAAAUGUAAUACUUUAUAUAGGAAGAGAAAGAAUCCAUUUAAGGUUUCAUGUGCUUUGCCAGAAGAAACAUGUAAAUAUAUGGUACACCAUACAAGUCAAGAUUGUAGAUAUUUAAAAGAAAACAUCAGGAAUGAAGGAAUUGUAGAAGAAAUUAAAAAAGCAAAUGCAAAUAAAAAUGAAACAACACUCGAAGAACUCUGCACAACAUGGGGCCGACAUUGUCACCAACUUAUGGAGAAUUGUCCGGAUGACUUGAAAAAAAAAGAGGAGAAAGAUCAUAACUGUCUAAAACUUGAAGAAGAAUGCAGUGAAACCUUUAAAAAGUUGAAAGCGAAGGAUGAGCUGACUCACCUGUUGAAAGGAAAUUUAAACAAGAAAGAAAAAUGUAAAGAAACAUUAGGAAAAGAUUGCACUGAGUUGCAAAAGAAUGAUACAUUCAAAAUUCUUCUUGGUGAAUGUAAAUCUGAUACCACGGAAAAUGUUUGCGAAAAAUUAGUUGAUAAACUACAGAAGAGAUGUCCUACUUUAAAAGACGAACUGAAUAAAGCGAAAGAGGAGUUGACAAAGAUGAAGAAUGAGUACGAUGCGCUCAAACAGGCGGCAGAAAAAUCUACAAAGGUAGCUAGCUUAUUGCUAUCAAGACCUAGACAAACUGUAAUGCCAAGUGCGCAGAAUGGCAGUGCUUCUGCACCACCAUCAGCACCAGCAGAAUCAGGAUCAUCACCAGCAUCAGGGUCACCACCAGCAUCAGAGCCAUCAACUAAUGGAAAGGUGGACACGCCAGCUGGAGGAUCAGGGACACCAGCUGGAGGAUCAGGCACACCAAGUAGUGGAACGACAGACUCUGCAAAACUUGGACUCGUUAAAAGAGAGUAUGUAGAAGGAGGAGUAUCAGAAGUAGAGGUAAAAGCAUUUGAUGAAACGACAAUAGCAUUGGAGUUGUAUUUGGAAUUGAAAGAGGAAUGUAAAGCUUUAGAACUAGAUUGCGGUUUUAAAGAGGAUUGUCCGGAAUCUAAAUCAGCUUGUGAAGAAAUAGAAAAGUUAUGUAAACUGGAAGCAUUAAAAGUUGCGCCUCAUCAUACAGAGACAAUAACAAAUAAGGUGACGGAAACACAGACGGAAACACAGACCGUUGAGAAGGUCGAUGACAAGACCAAUGUGAAGACCGUUGAGAAGACUGUUACGGUAACCAAACCAGGAAGUGGAGAAAAAGUAACAGAAGAGUGUACAAUGAUACAGACGACAGAUACAUGGGUGACACGUACGUCAUUGCAUACGAGUACGACAACGAGUACGUCAACGGUGACAUCGACAGUGACGUUGACCUCGAUGCGCAAGUGCAAGCCUACCAAAUGUACUACUGAUUCAAGCAAAGAGACAGAUAAAGGAGGAGAAGGAGAAGAAGAUGUAAAACCAAAUGAUGGGAUGAAAAUAAGAGUCCCUGAUAUGAUUAAAAUAAUAUUGUUGGGAGUGAUUGUUAUGGGGAUGAUGUAA